AUGCUCACCGCCAGAAUGAGCACGGCCUUGAGAGCCACCCGAUCCUGCCCAAUAGCUGCCAGUCGUUCGAGCAGGGUGUCGCGUCUUUGGCGCGGUUCAAACUCGAGCCGGUUAUACUCAAAUGUUUCAAUCCCAUCCGAAGGGCCUGAGGACGAUGACCCCAUCUACAAGCCGGACGCGACCGAGUCUGAGGAACACACGUCUACUACACAACCCUGGUAUAUGGAUGUUGUAAAAGAUCAAUACCAAGAGACUCAGUUUCAGGUUCAAGAACUCAAAUUUCCAGCCAACUCUCCAGAAACGCUGCGGUUCUUGGCUACUUUUCUCAGAGACGAUUUAGGAUUAAGCGAAAUUUUAAUCUUUGAUUUGAGAGGAUCUAAGGACUCUCAUACUACUGCGGUCGCUAAAAUAAGCGAUUUCAUAGUCAUGGCCACAGCAAGGUCGGGCAAACAUUGCCACAAGAGCUUUAUUGAAGUCAAUGCCUUGCUAAAGCAAAAGUAUCAGGUUUUAGCACAUGUGGAGGGCAAUAUCAGUGCCAAUGAGCUGCGCAGACGUCAACGCAGACUUGCAAGACAUACCAACUUGAGCAAAUCAAUGGGUACUAGGUCUGCUGUAACUAGAAGUGGUGCUCAAACGGAAUCCUGGUACAUGAUCGACUGCCAUCUGGACAAUAUCUUCGUCAACAUUUUGACAGAGAACAGAAGAGAAGAACUUAAUCUAGAGGAAUUAUACGCUCCACCCCAGGAAAAGCACUUGUACAGGAGAGACAGUGACAAUAGCCGCGAUGUUACUGCUGCGGAUGAAGAAGACGACAAUGUACUAGCCGGAUUGAAAAGGCUGGCUGCUCGUAACCAGAAAAGAUUCUACUCCACCGUUUCGAGCCAAAAAAUGCUUGCGGAAAGUCUUUCACAGCAAGAUUUUGAGCGAGCGUAUGAUCUGGUCUCAAGUGUCCAUUCUCUUUCUGUCGCUAAGACGGUCGCUGCAGCAUUGGAAAUGAUGCCAGUAACUACAUCUUUACGAGUCGAUGACUGGCUACUUAUUUUCAAUCAGGUAUGGUCGGCAAAGUUAGCUCAACUGCCGGAAUACUGGAAUUUGAGAUUUCAUUUCAUGAAACUCCUCAAUUGCUCCACGCACUCUUCUUUUGGCAUUCAAGGUGUACUCACAAAUUACUUGGAGUUCAAAAUGGCAAGUGGCGUUAUCAUUACGAGAUCAGACUUGGUAAAUUUUCUGGAAUUGGCUUGUAUUAACUUGGAAGAGGGGCCAAGUGAGUAUGAAGAUCUGGCUACCACCAACAAAGCUGUAGUAAAAGCAUUACAACUUUACAAGGGAGUUGACCCAGCAUUUUUUAUGGACGAAGAACUGAUGUGUUUGAUACUGCGAACAAUGUGCAGUUCAAGGGGAUCCCUCAAGGCUUUGAAUGAGAUGAUCGACUUCGUAUGCACAGAGUACUCCUCAAAUAUUACGACCAGCAUGAUAACUACAGUUCUACAGCUUUUGGCGGAGAAUAAGGAAUAUAUGAAAAUUUUGAAGUUUUGGGAGAAUGGCAUCAAAAUACAAGGAACACAAGACCACAGGCCAUGGGCCUACUUUAUUCACACGCUAGCAAAGUCUGAGGAUCAAAAAUUUAUGAGGAAGGUAUUGAAUGAAGGUCACCUAUUGUGGCUAAAGCGCAAUAAUAUUAACGUCUCACCUCAGCUUCAAAACGCUCUGGACGAUUUGUUUGGUGCUGCAGAUCCUGAUAACAUUGCUUACGCAGAUUUGAAAGAGUUUCUAAUCCAGGAUUGA